AUGGAAACAUGGCCUGCUCUGUUUCUGUUUUUCGUGGUGUUUUCUUCAACAGUCCUGACCUAUCCAAGUGGAGAAAUUGGUAUGGCCUGUAAAUCUAUGUUGCCCAUGCAUUGGACCUCUGCUCCACAGACCUCUCCACCCCCAUAUGCCAUCUCUGUCUCCAGCACUGCAUUUAACCCAGGCGAUGAGAUCACAGUAUCUCUAACAGGGCUGAAUGACUCCAGUUUUAAAGGAUUUUUACUACAGGCACAAACAGUUGGAGGAGGUGUAGCUGUCGGUGCAUUUCGAAUCAUAACACCUAACACCCAGGGCCUUGUGUGUAACAACAUUCAGAACUCUUCUGUGAGUCAUACUGAUAGUAGAAACAAGCAAAAUAUAUCUGCAAUUUGGGUUGCUCCUCCUGAUUUGAGUCAUGUUGUCUUCAGAGCAACGGUGCUUCAUAAUUUUACAGUUUUCUGGGCUGAGGUUCAAAGCCAAAUUCUUGUAUCUUCCAGUCCACAAGUUUCCAUGUCCUCAAAAGAAGUGUGUGGUGUCCAGAAGUUCUGUUUCAGCACCCCUGCAGGCUGCGAUCCACGUGACCCAAACUGUUACUUUAUGUCAUCAGAGGCGUUGGAAAGCGGUGGUUUUAGAUUUGAAAUGAGCGGACUGUCCGAUGGAUAUGUAGCUAUUGGCUUUUCCGACGACAAUAUUAUGGGGAAUGAUGACAUCUACAUUUGUGUUAAGAAUGCUUCGGAUCACAUUGAAGUUCAACGUGCCUUCUCAACGGGGCGUACUACUCCAAGUAAUAAACCUCUGGGGAAGGUGGAAAUUUUGGCAACAUCUUUUAACAACGGACUCAUCAGAUGUUCUUUCAUUUCAAGAAAUGCCAUAUCAACUCAAUCAAGAGCUGGUGACAGUUUGUAUUACGUAUUUUUGGUUCAUGGGCCAUCAUCAGCAGGGCAGAUACUGAAGCAUCAAAGGACACCCUCCAUCACUAAACAGAGGGUGAACAUUUCAAGUUCUGAAACACAAGGUGGCUCCUGGUCUACACCGUUGAUUAUUAAGGCUCAUGGAGCUCUUAUGUUGGUUGCUUGGAUGACCACAGGCAGCAUAGGAAUGGUAUUUGCUAGGUACUUGAAGUCCAUUAAAAAACCUCUUCUGGGAAAAGAUAUUUGGUUUCAGAUUCACUUUUGGGUGAUGCUGCUAACUGUAGCUGCAACAAUAGUUGCUUUCAUAUUGGCCUUUGUAUCAAGAAAAGGAUGGAGUAGUGGGGCAGAAGCUCAUGCCAUUAUUGGGUGCAUUGUUAUGAUUCUGUCUUUUUUUCAGCCACUGAUAGCUUUUUGUCGCCCUUCUCCUCAAAAUAACAGGAGGUUCGUUUUUAAUUGGUUUCACAUGCUAAAUGCAUUAGUCAUCAAAGUAUUGGCGGAUGCUGACCUAUUUCUGGGACUACAAAUGCUCAGCUCUCCUAACCACUGGAUGGUUAAAACAAUGGGCGGCUUUGUGGGCUGGGAGGCAUUAAUAGCCAUCACACUGGAUGUAAAUCUCUGGUUGAAAAAGAGAGAAAUAUAUGAUGAUUCACAAGCCAAGGUGAAAAGUGAAAUAUUACUGCUGCUAAUAUAUCUGUGUGGCAGUCUGGCAUUUGUAAUCGCCCUCCUUGUGGGUAUUGGAAAAAGCUAACAUGGGAGAAGUAUGAAAGCUUUUGGUACUCACAUAUAGCACAAAAGAAGAUGACAGAAAAUUCUUAUUUCCUCAGUUUAGUUUCUAGCAGU